UCGUUGGCUGUUUUUGCUUUUUUUUCCAGUUUUAUCAUUUCUCAUUUAAGUCACAUUCAACUAAACAAAAAAGGCAUUUCCAGUGGGCGAAACAAAAAACGGUUACCGCCUGCCCACCCCUCAGAGCGUAAAGUGUAGAGCGGGCAUAAUUAAUAGAAUCCACAAAAAUUAAACUAACACCAAAACCAACAAAAUAUGGCGUGCAAGCAAGCAGCAACUUCGGGUCGCGUUAAUCUGUCCAACUUGGCGCUGGAGAAUCGCUUGAUAGGCGGCAAGUAUAGACUGCUGAAGUCCAUAGGCAGUGGCUCGUUUGGUGAAAUCUAUCAGGGCAUUGAUACGCAGACUGGCGGCGAUGUGGCUGUCAAAAUUGAAGCUUGCGAGGUGAAGUAUCCGCUGCUGGCCUACGAGUCGAAGAUCUAUGAGGCCAUCGGCAGCCACUUGGGCAUGCCGGCCUGUUAUCAUUAUGGCAGUGAGAAGCGUUUCAAUGUGCUGGUUAUGGAGCUGCUGGGGCUAUCGCUGGAGGAGCUGUUCAAUCUUUGCAAGCGCAAGUUUAGCAUCAAGACUGUGCUCAUGCUGGGCGAUCAGAUGCUGAUGCGUUUGGAGUGUGUGCAUCAGCAUGGCUUUAUACAUCGCGAUAUUAAGCCGGAUAACUUUCUAAUGGGUCUGGGUCGCCAUUGCAGCAAGCUGUACAUUAUUGACUUUGGCCUGGCCAAGCGCUAUGUGCAUCCCAAAACGCAUGAGCAUAUUCCCUAUCGUGAUGAUCGCAAUCUCACUGGCACCGCUCGCUAUGCUUCGGUUAAUGCUCAGCGUGGCGUUGAGCAGGCGCGUCGUGAUGAUCUCGAGUCGCUUAGCUAUUGCAUUAUGUACUUUAGCUUGGGCAAGCUGCCCUGGCAGGGACUCGUCGCUCAGAACAAGCAGCAAAAGUAUGAAAAGAUUUGGGAAAUGAAGCGCAGCCUGUGCAUUGAUGAAGCCUUCAAGGAUAAGCCCAUGGAGUUUGCACUCUUUCUCAAAUAUGCACGCAACUUACGCUUUACCGAUCGUCCCGACUACGUCUAUUUGCGUCAGCUGUUCCGCGUGCUCUUUCGCUCGCUUAAUCAUCAAUACGAUCACGUGUUCGACUGGACUCCGCUGCAGAAAGAGCAGCGCAAAAAGGAUCGUGAGCGUGAGCGCGAGCGCGUGCGUCAACGUGAGAGCGAAAUGAAAAUCAAUCGACGUCAGCGUCUAGAAUUUGGCAGCAGAUCCGCUCGCGAACCCAUUGGCGAUGGUCUUAAGCACAAACGUUAAUGCUGUGGUUGGCUUAAAUCAGCAUAAAAAAAUAUAUAUAUAUGAACAGCCUACGAAAAAACUUUUAUGACCACCACAAAAAUUAUUUAUUUUAAAUUGUUAACGUUUAACGUUCA